AGGUGGCCCAGCUUCAACGAAGGGUACCGUCUGAGUCCUCAUCACUCUGCUCAAAAUAUCCAAAUACAGAGGAGUUGGGUUUGGGAAUUAGGGAUUUUGGGGGAAUUGGGAGAGUAAAAAGGGUACCUGUGUUUGUGUGUGGUUUACCAAUAAAAACGGUCUUUGUCUGUCUUUGAAUUUUGUUGCGAAUCCAACACACAGGUGCGCGGUCCUACACGCCAAAAAGGAAAGAAAUCUCAUUUUUCUUUGCUCACGGUUAGGGUUUGCUGCCCUACUCUAGUCUCUGUUCAUUGCCUACUAUUUCUAUUGAGCUUUUAUCAUUUUCUCCGAUUCCGAAUACCCGCCAAUCAAUUCCCGCCAUGGAAGGAGGAGGAGAAGUUGGUGAGUUGCAGGACUGGGAGGUGCUCCACAGCUUCGACCCUGCCCUGGUUAACUCGGUCGACUCGGUUCAAACCCCCAGGAGCUUCGAGGGAAUCGAUGUUCACGCCGAGGGUAUGAUCAGGCCUGAUUACUUCUCUCUCGAUAACCAUGACAAAUUUGGGUAUGGUAAGGCGGUGGUUGAUGUCGCCGAAGAGGGUUCUGUUGAGUCCGACAACCCCAGUUGGAUUGACCCGGAUUCGGUGACUCGCUAUGGCGGAAAAGAAUCGGGUGGGUUUUGGUCCGAUUCGGCAAGUGACCGGUCCGAUGACCGUAAAAGUAAUGAUUUUGAGGGCAAAAACGAAUUGGGUUUUGUGGAAAAUGAGAAAAGCCAUGUGGGUUUUGAGGGGUUUGGAGAAAUGGAAGCUGUGGACGAGAAUUUUGGGAAAUUUGGGUUGGAUGCUCAGGGCCGAGUGAGCUUUGAAGAAAUUGGGGAAAACGGAAGCCUUGAUAAGGAUUUGGGUAAGUUAUGGUCUGAUUCAGGCGGCGACAGUCUGGUUUCGGCGAAAUUUGAGAAGGUUGCGAAGGAUAGCGAGAUAGGUUUUAGUGGUUUGGAAAGUGGAAAUAACUUGGACAAUGAACCAGAAGAAGGACAAUCAGUUGAGAGUCAAAGUGCUGCAGUUGAAGAAGAGAAAUCGGAGGCGAAAUCCGGUGAAGAGGUAGUGAAGAGGACAAUCCUGUGGUGGAAGGUCCCAUUUGAGGUUUUAAAGUAUUGUGUUUUCAGGGUAAGCCCUGUUUGGUCCUUGUCCGUCGCUGCAGCUGUAAUGGGUUUGGUGUUCUUGGGGCGGAGAUUGCGCAAGAUGAAGCGGAAGAGCCAGAGCCUGCAGCUCAAGGUUACUCUGGAUGAUAAGAAGGUGUCUCAGUUCACGAGUCGUGCUGCACGUCUCAAUGAAGCAUUUUCAGUGGUGAGGCGGGUGCCUACAGUGCGACCUUCGCUGCCAGCAGCCGGAGUAAAUCCAUGGCCUGUAAUGGGUUUGAGAUAAAAUGAUUCUUGUUGUGAAGUAUAUAGAAAAAGAAAGUACUUUGCCGAUGACCGUGCUAAAAGUACUACGUAGUUGUGCCUUGGUUUGUAUCAAAAACGAUUGUGGCUGUUAUGUAUUAACUCUGAAAUUAAGAAUUCCUACUAAAUAUACCAAUCCCUCCCUCAA